AUGCUUAUUCUCUUCUGUAUCAUUCGGUUAGCUUGCUGGCUAUGUGAUUUGAGUCUGAUACGUGCCUCUGUGCACGGAGUGGUCCUACAGUUGGGAUGACAUUGUAAAUGGGAAGUAGAUACAUUUCAGGAAGGGAUAACGACUGUUGUCCGCAGACACAGCUAAUCAAAACUUCCUAACAACAGUAACAAAAUGCGGCGACGAGUGACUGCACGAGCCAUCGAGAUGCUGGGCUGUGGUACAGUCGCCAACCCAGCAAUGUCCAGGCAAUUACUUGUGAGAACAAUAAAUGUCAAUCCACUUGCUGUGGGGAAUGGAGCAAACGAAAGAUUCCGAUCCACGUCUUCAAUGCAAGGAUACACGGAGCUAGCAAGGGAAAGGUCCAAAACCGUUACUUCGUUUUACAACCAGUCGGCCAUUGACAUAUCAGCUGAAAAGGCUUCUGUCAGACUUACUCCAACCACCCUGCUGUAUGCUGGAAAAAAUCCAGAUGGACAUCAUGUCCUGAGUAGUGCCAAGUACCUGCAGAAAGAAUUGCCUGUGCGCAUUGCACACCGCAUCAAGGGAUUCCGCAGCCUUCCCUUCAUCAUUGGCUGCAACCCCACCAUUUUGCAAGUGCAUGAAUUGUACAUCCGGGCGUACCAUGUGCUGAGUGACUUUCCAUCGAUCAAGGACCAAGAGACAGAGGCUCGCUACAGUAAACUUGUGCAGCAGCUGCUUGACGACCACAAAGAUGUGGUCACCAUGCUUGCCGAGGGCUUCAGGGAGUGCCGAAAGCACAUCCAGGAUGAGAACCUGGUCCGUAAUUUCUUAGACACCACUCUGACCUCUCGCCUGGGGAUCCGUAUGUUGGCCACACACCACCUCGCCCUGCAUGAGGAUAACGCUGAUUUUGUGGGGAUCAUCUGUCGGCGACUGUCCCCCAAAAAGAUAAUUGAGAAGUGGGUGGAUUUUGCCCGACGCCUGUGUGAGCACCAGUAUGGCAACUCCCCACGUGUCCGCAUCAACGGCCAUGUGGCGGCCCGCUUCCCAUUCAUCCCAAUGCCCCUCGACUACAUCCUGCCCGAGCUCCUGAAGAAUUCCAUGAGAGCCACCAUGGAGAGCCACCUGGACACACCGUACAACGUGCCUGAUGUUGUGAUCACCAUUGCUAACAAUGAGACCGACUUUGUCAUCAGGAUAUCGGACCGUGGCGGCGGCAUCCCUCACAGUAUCCUGGAGAAGGUGAUGGACUACCACUUCAGCACCGCAGAGGACAGCGCUCAGGACCCCCGCAUGAGCAACCUCUUCAACAACAUCACCAACAGCGGGCCCCAGUCGGGUCCCAUGCAUGGCUUUGGCUUCGGUCUCCCUACCUCCCGUGCCUACGCCGAGUACCUGGGGGGCUCCCUCUCGAUCCAGUCCAUGCAGGGCAUCGGCACCGACGUCUACCUGCGCCUGCGCCACAUCGACGGCAAAGGAGAGAGCUUCAGAGUCUGAGAGACGAGGGCGACGUCUGCCCCCUUCGGUCAACGGGGUUGGCUACGGCAGUUUGCUUGAAAGGGUUGGAGCUUGGCCACGUCAGACUUGAGUCUGCACACUUCACCCCAUCUUAACCCCCUGAGUGGUUUCAACGUGGCCCAAAGCCUUUGCCCCCCCCACCCCUCACCUUACUUUUUUCCCCGUUCUUUUUUUGUUGUUGUUUGUUGUUGGUUUUGAUUUCAGUAUCUCAAUAACAUGUCUCCACCACAGCAUGCAAAACAUUUUCUUUGAGGUGGGAGGGAAAAGAAAAGUGUUGUAUGAUAUUCUCGCUCACUGUGUUUUUUAAACUGAAAAACAAAACAAAACAAAAAACAGCCCUUCAGCCUUAACGGGGGUCGAUGGCUCGAUAAGUGUCAUAUACAACCCAAACCGAGUAUUCCAGCGAAACCUCAAAGGACUGUUUCAAGGAGCCCCUGCUCCCCACACUCCAGAGGCAGUGAGAGACGCCGCUUGCCUGGACUUCAGCAAGUGAGGAGUUGCCUUAGGAUUACGACUGAUCUCAUGAACUUUUUCAAUCGCCUGGGCUGCUGUAUAACACAACCUCUCCCAUGUCAAACUCAAGACCUCCUUUCUCCCCCAUAUAAAUGUGUGUACCUUUACGAGAACAGCUGGCAAAUAGGAAAGCCUCAUGCACUGUAACUAAUGCUUGACUCGAUGCCUAACCUGCAUAGGAUUUGUCAUGAAAAGGAUCUGUGUAGCAUUGUCUCUUUCUUUUUUUUAAAUGUAGUAAUUUUUUGUGUUUUGUGACAGUUUCUUCAGACAAAUAGGAUCAAGAGUGUCAAUAUUUAAAUUAUGAUUUUCUAAGUCGUCAGUAAGCUUGGGCUUUGUGGGUAUGAAAAGGUCACAUUCCAGAAAGGGCAGUUCAUUUCUAAAGUUAGGAGAUGGGCUUCUUUGAAAAUGCUCUAAUGAUAAGAAUCAUCAGAGGUGCAUGAAGCUCUCCUAUGUCUGUGAGUUUUUACUCUUUCAUUUUUUUUUUUCACCCUGAUAUUGUGCCCUUGUAGUUGCAUUAAAACGGCCACAGGGACCUUUAAUUUGUGUCAGUAAGCUUUUAUGUGCCUCUGAUUCUGUUUAUUUUUAAGAAAGGUCAUACAUUAUCAAAUGUUUUUUGUUAUUUCGGUUGGUUGCAUGGACUGCAUGUAGUCAACAAGUGGUGGUUUGUUACACAAGUUUGCCCCCUGCUGGCUAAACUUGCGGGAAAUAAUGCCCAAAUUAAUUAUUUUGUUGACGGGCAUGGUCUGUAUGCGGUAGUUUUAAGCAUUCGUUUCGGUGGUCAUGGCAAAGGAAUAUAAUCUUGUAAACCUAAGUAUAUUCUUCAAUACAUGGCCAAGUAAGUGGCGUGCGCUUGCUAAAUGAUGUAGCAGGGAACAUUGGAUUUUGUUGAGUGCUUUUGUAUAGCGGCCGUGUCCAUUGUUUUGGGCAUUAUUAAACUCUGAAUGAGUGCUA